AUGCAAUUAAAUACAACCUCUUCUCCAUUAUCAAAUCUCUAUACAAUACAACCGAAGAAAUUUGAUGGGUAUUUUCAAUGCCCACGACCUCUCUCAACUCCUUAUUUCAACGAUAUUCACGGUCCCAAAACUCUUAAGCCUGCAAAGCCAGGCCAAUUGCCUUCUAACCGCUUGCCUGACGAUAUUACCAAAAUCCCUCGACCUGUAGCGCAUCUAGUAAUUUCAAGUGUAUACGACCCUUCCACUAAACCUCCUAGAAAAGCAUUUAGUUCCACUGAGCCGAAACGAAAAACUGAGCCAUUUUUCCAUACGAUGAGUGAAUUAAAAGCAAGUAUGGCUAAACCUACAGAAAGAUUAGUCAGAACAUUUUAUGAUUUAACCCAGAAAAUGGAAAAAGAAAAGAAAAAUAUGAGUGCACGAGAAGAUCCACCACCAAAGCCAAUAAGAAAAAGCUUUAAAGGAUAUUUUAGAUUUAAUUAUCAGACAAGCAAUGAUCUUUGAAUUAAGGAUAAAAAAGUGUUAGAAGCAUCAAAUCCUAUAGCAACGCUAAAACAAAGGCAGUAUGAAGAACUUGAUAGAAAAUACUUGGAGAAAAGGCGACAACAAAGAAUUUUAAAAAACAUGGCAAGCGGAUUUUAA